CCAAAGCUGAUUACACAACAUGCUGCAAGGUUACGACGUCAUCAGGAGGACUUGAGGUGUAUAAAUACAUAAAUCCUGCUAUAACUGAACAAUAAACUGCAAGGACAAGUAGCAUCAAAGCAAAGAAAUGGCAUCAACUGUGGAGAGACAAUUGAAGGAGGAGAAUCACAGUGAAAGUCAGAGCUCUGAGGCAGAUCCUGGAUAUCCAGUGAAAUGUCGGCCAGAGGUCAUGAAUGGUGUUUCCCUGAACUGCCCCACUCUGAAUGUAUGUGCAGCGGAGAACUUCGUUCAUCAGUCCAUGGCCAUCAUUUUGGAAGAUGCAGUGAAAAAGGCUGCUGAUAUCAGUGAAAAGGUGUGUGAGUGGCGUUCCCCUGAGCAGCUGAAGGAGUUGUUGGACCUUGAACUGAGAGACAGAGGAGAGUCUGAGUCCAAGAUCCUACAGCGCUGCAGAGAUGCCAUCAGAUACAGUGUCAAGACUACCCAUCCUCGUUUCUUCAACCAGCUGUAUGCUGGAAUGGAGCCCUAUUCCAUGGUGGCAAGCUUCAUCGUGGAGGCCCUCAAACCCAGUCUGUACACAUAUGAGGUGUCUCCAGUCUUUACACUGGUGGAGGAUACUGUGCUGAGGAAGAUCAUGGAGGUGAUUGGCUGGGAGGAAAGAGGAGAUGGAAUCUUCAAUCCAGGUGGCUCAAUGUCCAAUAUGUAUGCUGUGAACUUAGCCAGGUACCAGUACUGUCCUGACAUGAAAGAGAGCGGGCUCUCUGCUGGUCCACGACUGGUCAUUUUAACAUCGCAGGAGUGUCAUUACUCAAUUUCCAAAGCAGCAGCUUUGCUGGGCAUUGGCACAAAGAAUGUUUAUAUGGUUCCGUCUGAUAAGAGGGGGAAGAUGAUUCCCUCAGCUCUGGAGGAGCAAAUUAAGACAGCUAAGAGUGAGGGUGCAGUACCCAUUAUGGUAAAUGCCACAGCAGGGACCACGGUGCUCGGAGCUUUUGAUCCCAUCGACGAAAUCGCAGACAUCUGUGAGAAGUACAAUCUGUGGCUGCAUGUGGACGCCUGUUGGGGAGGAGCGGUUCUGAUGUCUAAGAAGCAUAAACACUUGUUAAAGGGUAUCCACAGAGCUAACUCUGUGGCCUGGAACCCCCACAAGAUGCUGAUGGCAUGUCUGCAGUGUUCUGCCUUCCUGGUCAGAGACAAAACGAAGCUCCUCCAGCGCUGCCACUCCGCUCGGGCCUCCUACAUCUUCCAGCAGGACAAGUUCUAUGAUGUCAGCUACGACACAGGGGACAAGUCUGUCCAGUGCAGCAGGAAGCCAGACGCCUUCAAAUUCUGGCUCAUGUGGAAGGCUUUGGGAGCUGGAGAGCUGGAGCAGAGGGUGGACAGAGCCCUCGCCAUGGCCAAGUAUCUUGCACAGGAGAUCAAGAGAAGAGACGGGUUCCGUCUAUUAAUGGAACCUGAAUAUGCCAAUGUUUGCUUCUGGUACAUUCCACCAAGUUUGAGGAACCUUCCAGAUGGCCCAGAGCUCUGGAAAAAAGUUCACACUGUGGCUCCAAAGGUGAAAGAGCGUAUGAUGAAGAAGGGCAGUACAAUGGUGGGCUACCAACCACACGGAGACAAAGUCAACUUUUUCAGGAUGGUCACCAUCAGCCCUCAGGCCAGCACACAGGACAUGGACUUUGUUCUGGAUGAGAUACACAAUCUGGGAAAAGAUAUAUGAUGAAAUAUCAGUGUCAGUGAAGAGCCUCCCCAAACCACUUUAUUCAUCAGUGGAUUCACUGAAGGACUUGUGUACAUUCAGGGCAUUCAAACUGUCCUUGGGGCUCUCCUGGAUUCAACUAAUCAUAAUCUUUACAUCCAUAGUCACUUAAAUAAUCUAUAAUCUUAAAAUAAUACAUAUUCUGUUUUUAAACGUUUGAUCAAACUUUAUCAGUGUAGUCUACAAUACACCUACAAUACGUUCCAGCAGAAUGAUGUGCGGUUUUUUUUUUCAGACGUUUUGACUGUUUGGAGCAUUUUAAGUUUAAAUAGAUGAACAAGCCUCAGCUUUUUAAGUCACUUUCUCUGCAGAUAUGAAGGUCCAAGGCUCAGAUCUCAAGGUGGAAAAGUCCUACUUUCCAACAAUGUGGCAGCUGUGUGUUUUGUGUCAAUUAAAUAGAAACAACUUGGAUACCUAU